GUCUCCCUAGCUCGCUGCCUCUGGCAAGUGGAGUUUUUAAAAAGCUCCAGCAGAUCAUGUCAUGACGACUUCGCUGCUCCUGCAUCCGCGCUGGCCGGAGAGCCUUAUGUACGUCUAUGAGGACAGCGCGGCGGAGAGCGGCAGCGGCGGCGGCGGCGGCGGCGGCGGGGGAGGCGGCGGCGCGGGUGGCGCGGGGGUCGGCUGCAGCGGAGCGAGCCCCGGCAAAGCCCCGAGCAUGGACGGUCUGGGCAGCAGCUGCCCGGCCAGCCACUGCCGAGACCUGCUUCCGCACCCCGUGCUGGGCCGCCCGCCGGCUCCCCUGGGUGCCCCUCAGGGCGCCGUCUACACGGACAUCCCGGCCCCGGAGGCGGCGCGCCAGUGCGCCCCGCCGCCGGCGCCCCCAACCUCGUCCAGCGCCACCCUGGGCUACGGCUACCCAUUCGGGGGCAGCUACUACGGCUGCCGCCUGUCGCACAACGUGAACCUGCAGCAGAAGCCUUGCGCCUACCACCCGGGCGAUAAGUACCCGGAGCCGUCGGGCGCUCUGCCCGGUGACGACCUGUCCUCUAGGGCUAAGGAGUUCGCCUUCUACCCCAGCUUCGCCAGCUCCUACCAGGCGAUGCCCGGCUAUCUGGACGUGUCGGUGGUGCCCGGGAUCAGUGGGCACCCGGAGCCGCGUCACGACGCGCUCAUCCCCGUCGAAGGCUACCAGCACUGGGCUCUCUCCAAUGGCUGGGACAGUCAGGUGUACUGCUCCAAAGAGCAGUCGCAGUCCGCCCACCUCUGGAAGUCUCCCUUCCCAGACGUGGUUCCCUUACAGCCCGAGGUGAGCAGCUACCGGCGCGGGCGCAAGAAACGCGUGCCGUACACUAAGGUGCAGCUGAAGGAGCUAGAGAAGGAGUACGCUGCUAGCAAGUUCAUCACCAAAGAGAAGCGCCGGCGCAUCUCGGCCACCACGAACCUCUCCGAGCGCCAGGUCACCAUCUGGUUCCAGAACCGGCGAGUCAAGGAGAAGAAGGUGGUCAGCAAAUCUAAAGCGCCUCAUCUGCACUCCACCUGACCGCCUACCUGGCCGCCUGCCCCAUCUAUUUAUGUCGCCGCUUUGUACCAUAACCGAACCCACCGAAGGACGCUGCGCCGUUGCAGAGUAUUUAAUGUUAUCGAGAAAGAGGAACCGCGUCGGAGGCGGAGAGGCUCCGAGGCCGUGCUCAGCCAUCCCUUACUCCCCAUCCCAUCCCCAACCUCAACUCCCAUCUCGAGAGGCCUCAGCAGCUUUGGAGGUGGGUCCCGGUGGGCGGUGGGAGGAAAGCUGUCGGCCUCUACUCCCCCUCCCCCUCACCCCUCACCCAGCCAGAAUUCCAAGUGGCAGCGGAGAGCCCGAUCAUUCCAACCAAAGCAGGCUUGGGGAAUCCCAAAUGACCCGAAUCCUGUCUCAUCCUAUACCCAGGCUGGUAGAGGACCCUCCUUAAGGGUGCGAUUUCGGUGCAGGAUUUGGCGAGAUCAUACUUUCCUUCCAGUUCCUUCUUUUCCCUGUUCCUACCGCACACCUUAUGCAAGAUCUCCCAGUUAAGAUUUUCUGUGCAUAUUUUAAAAAUCACGUUAAUAUUAAUGAUAAUUGUUAGGGAUCUGGCAGCUUGAUUGGAGUACAGGCGGUGCUGGGAGCUUGUAGGUUUUCUUUCUUUCCUAUUAGUCUCAACAAAAGCUGGAAUAGGUGGCAGCCCCUACCCUACUCUGCCCCCCAUCCCAACCAAGAAACUGAAUUUCUCGGGGAGCAGCCUUUGCUCCCCACAGCCUCCCCUGUUCUGCUCUCUCCGGUCAACAUCUGGAAAUCCAAGGAGGAUUAAAAACUCCAACCACGCUGCUAAAUAUGGCUUAUCUCUCCUCUCUCCUUCUCUCUCUAGGUGGUGAGGUUGGGGAUUAGGCCAGGUACAGAAGCAGAACUUUUUUCUAAGGACAAACUUCUCUUCCAAGGGGAUGGAGAGUGGCGUCCCUCAGCAGAAUCCCUCUCCAGUCACCUCUCCAUCGAGGCAAUAGCUUAGGGGAGAGGCCUCACACUUUCACUUUUACUGAUUUCCAGAGUAAAGCUAGAGGAGCUAGUCCAGGAGGCUGGAAUAACUGCCCCCAAUUAGCCAGCUAAAUAUAGAAGCUGCCUAACAUUUCCCUCCUCAAAGGCCAACUCGGUGCUGUGGGAGCCCCCUCACCUCCUCCCUUCCUACUGGUGCAUUACAAAACAGUGUUCUUUUGAAAUGUCCAUCAGAAAUAGGCUUUUUUUAAAAAAAACGUUGUGUAUCUGUAUAUAGUAUUGUGAUGUCUGAAUGACAAUGUACUGAAUGCAAAAAGAAAAACCCCA